AUGGUAUCAAAAGGCCGACCCUCCCUCCAGGCAGGCCUGGACAAGGAAGUGUACCAGGUGGUGCGCAAAUAUCUCGACGAGAAGAAUGAGUCGGCGCUGAAACUGCGCCCGUCGACCGUCUACGACUAUAUCCAACGCUCCAACUCAAGCCUGAAGAGACGGCCAAAGAAGCAAAUCGAGGAUUCAAUCGACCGCGUAAUUGACGUUAUCCGCGAAGACGAAGAACCCGAUUCCGAAGACGAAAUGGCAGAACUCGAAGGAGACUUUACCAUGGACGAACCGAAAGACAAAAAGGACCGAUCGAGCGAUUGGAUGAAUAAGCAAAUUGUCAGUCAAUGGGCAAUCCCGCCAGCUGCAAACGGGGAGAAGAGUGAGAAGAGCGAGAAGAGCAAAAAGCGAGACAGUGGGAAGACAAAAGAGGAGAGGGAAGCUAAGAGACAGAAGAAGGCAGGGGCACAGGAGAAGGAGAGCAAGAUCGACACAGCAGCUCCUACAGGUGUUACAUUAGAAGAUCUCGGUGGCGUGGAAAAAGUCAAAGAACAGCUCAAAGAGCAUCUCGUGUUGCCUCUUCUCUGCCCUCAGGAAUACGCCAACCGCAAAAUCCCAAUACCACGCGGUAUAUUACUCCAUGGUCCACCAGGAUGUGGUAAGACUGUCAUAAGUCGGGCCUUCGCUGCCGAGCUUGGUGUACCGUUUAUUGAGAUUUUGGGUCCAUCCGUCGUGUCGGGUAUGUCUGGAGAGUCUGAGAAGCAAGUAAGGGAGCAUUUUGAGAAGGCCAAGGAGGUUGCCCCAUGCUUGAUCUUCAUCGACGAAAUCGACGUUAUUGCGCCCAAGCGCGACAGUGCCCAGAGUCAGAUGGAGAAGAGGAUAGUUGCCCAGCUUCUGAUAUCGAUGGACAGUCUUGCUAUGGAGGGCAACAAUGGAAAGCCUGUGAUCGUACUGGCCGCUACAAACCGUCCCGACAGUCUGGAUCCAGCUUUGCGUCGAGGAGGCCGAUUCGAUACCGAGAUUAACAUGGGUGUACCGAAUGAGCUUAUGCGACGGUCUAUACUCCAAGCUCUUACACGCGAACCAAAGCUAUCCCUUGAUGUCGAUUUCAGUGUACUAGCGAAGAGGACAGCAGGAUUCGUUGGCGCUGAUUUGAAAGAUCUUGUAAGCAAAGCGGGCACAUGGUCCAUGGACCAGUUUCGAAGAGCACUUGAAAAGCAGGCAGCCAACGCGGAGACUACGAUGGAGAUCGACGGUGGCAUUUCUCUUAAUGCCGAUAGCCUCAUGAACCAAUCGAUUAGGCGACUAAUCACCCGUGUAAGAGACACGGAAGCUCCCCGACCAGAAGGUUUCGAAGAUACUGUCAUCACAAUGGAAGCCUUUGAAGCCGUUCUGCCUACCAUUACCCCAUCGUCAAAACGAGAGGGCUUUGCCACCGUACCGGACACUACAUGGCGAGACGUUGGUGCGCUGGCAGGCGUCCGCGAAGAGCUCGAGAUGGCUAUCUGCGAGCCUAUCAAAGAUCCUGCAAAGUUUGCGAAAUUUGGUAUCUCUGCACCCACCGGUGUACUCUUAUGGGGACCACCUGGUUGCGGUAAGACGCUUCUGGCUAAGGCGGUGGCGGCAGAGUCCAAGGCGAACUUUAUCAGUGUCAAGGGGCCGGAACUGCUGAACAAGUACGUAGGAGAGUCUGAAAGAGCUCUACGCCAGGUUUUCAUGCGCGCUCGAUCAUCUGUUCCAUGCGUUAUCUUCUUCGAUGAGCUCGAUGCUCUCGUACCUAAACGCUCUACCGAGCUUCACGAAGCCUCCGCACGCGUUGUCAACACAUUACUUACCGAGCUCGAUGGCCUAUCCAUGCGUGAAGGCAUCUACCUUAUCGCAGCCACCAACCGGCCCGAGAUGAUCGACGAAGCGAUGCUCCGACCUGGACGCUUGGAGACCCUACUUUACGUCGAACUUCCCAAGCCAGAGGAGCGUGUGGAUAUCUUGAGAGCGCAUAUUCGCAAGCGUGGCGUCAUCGCCCCUGAACUUGCUGAGAUAGGCCGCCAAGAUGUUUGCAAUAACUUCUCGGGUGCCGAUCUUGAGAGUAUGUUACGAAAAGCUGGACAGCAUGCCUUGAGACGGCGCAGUGACAUUGUGGAGGAGUUGGACUUUAUUGAGGCAGCCAAGACUGUUAGACCUAGUGUGGGCGAUGUGAAGAAGUAUGAGAAGCUGAGGGAAAGGUUUGAGACAAAGCUUUGGUAA